AUGUUUCAAGAAGAAACUAAAGAAUCUGAACUAAGCAAAAGUUUUUUGAAAAAGUUUAAAAAUCUUGAAGUUGAAUCAAGUAGCAGAACUGUCACUUUAGAUAAUUUGAAUAUAUCUGAUUCAUUAAUAAUUUCUUUGACAAAAAUUAUUAAAAAUCAAAGAGAAAUUCUUUAUGAAAUUAGUGAACUUAAAUCUAAAGUUGAAAGAAUCAAAAAUAGGUUAAGCAAAUUAAAAUAG